CUUCACCGUCGGAUCUCGCGAGAUUUUCAACAGUCACAUGAUCCCCAAACCCAAAUCCGGAAGUGAUGGAUGCUAUGAGGCAGACGAGCAAAUCCUGGCGCGUUUAAGUUCUCAAACAUGCCUCUUUACCACCACAACGCAUUUUUAACCGCGUGGGUGUUGUAUGUUUCCACGGUGGCGUCAAGCGAAGGAGCCAACACCACACUCUCCGUGUCGGGAGCGGUCGAGUCGCCGCUUUUCAAGCCGGCGGCGCCGGCGCCGCCGGAAGACCCCCCGGCCCCCGUCAGCCUGCUGCUGUCCGCCUUCCCGGACGACCUGGAGGUGAGCGACCACUGCAGCGAGCUGCUGCGCCUCUUUGGCCAACGUUACGUGGCCUAUGUCAACUGCCUGGUUCCGGCGGCGCGGCCGGUUAAAGUGUGCCAGAACUGCUUCGGCGCCUACGGCAGCCUGGUGGCCACCUAUGCGAACAUCUCCUCAGAGCAGUUGGGUCCUGGCAAUGAGAGCUGCAGAGACAGCUUGCUGCGCAGCGACCGUCUCAUGGUGGUUUAUCUGCUCUUCGACAACCUGCAGGACCUGUGGACCAAGUCAGCCUGCGACAACUGUAUCACGGACCGAUUCCGCAGCCUCACCAAUGACACGCUGUACUUCAUGUCCACCCUCAAUCAAACUCUCACCUGCUUUGAAAGAUACCAGCAGGGCAACCACACGGAGCUGUGUAAAAACUGCAAAGCCGCAUAUAAGGGCCUCAAUGAGCUGUACAGCAGGAUGGAGAAGAAUGACACCAUGUGUAUUGACAUUGAAGAUGGGAUGAACAUGACCCGCAAGCUGUGGAGUAAGAACUUCAAAUGUUCCCUUCCCCGGGAGGAGACGGUGGCCGUCAUCGCCGUUUCCAGCUUCAUGCUCUUUCUGCCCAUCAUUUUCUACUUGAGCAGCUUCCUUCACUCAGAACAAAAGAAACGCAAGCUCAUACACCCCAAGAGAGCAAAGUCGUACGCCUCCAGCCUGAUGAACAUUCAGGACAAGCAGAGCUGACGGCGGACGCCGCUGAGGAGUUGACGUUGACUACGUUUCGGAGGUUUGCGGUGACGACAGGCUGAAUUUGCAUUUCAGUAUUUAAACGCGCGCGUUGCUUUCGUGUCAAAUGCACUGGAGUUUUCAAUGUACAUAAUUUGAGUUUGCUUCCGCAGCAUACUUUAUCCUGAACUUGAGAGACUUUUUAAAGCAUUUGUAGCCAAAUAGAGAUAUUAAAUUAAGAUAUUUUCCCUUUUGUGGUAUCAGUGGACUAUAUUUAGGAAGCUGUUUAUUAUUCUUUGGAUGAAAGAAAACACAACUUUGGGGUCCACAACAUACUGCAAAAGUCAACAGUUUUAAGUGUGUAUUUUGAUGAUAAUGUGUACAUUUUUAUCAUAAUAGGGCACAUGGAAAAGUCUAAAGAACCUGUUUAUGAAGUUGAACAGAAAGCCUCGUUUUUGGUUUGAUGCAGCAAUAUGAGCCUUGUGAAAUUGACCCUUUUUUUUUUUUUUUUUUACUGUGGCAUCUAACCUGGGUUCAAAAUUUGAUGAUCAUUUUGAGGAUUUGCCACAAAAAAUUGGCCUGUUCAUCCCUCCUUGCUGCUUUACACCAGCUAUGUACAAAUCACGAAUAAAUCCGAGCAAAAGUC